UGUUGUGUGUGCGGGCCGGUGAGGAUCGGGUCGCAGCGGUGAUGUAGUCGCUCCUUCAGACGUGCCGUCGCUCAGUCGUUGGUGCGCGCGGCUCCGGAGCGCGAGACAAUCUACGGACUGUACCGGACGGUUCGUUCGACGACCGCGGAUUUUUAACGGGCUCGAGGAAGCGACGAGAUUUCUCCGACUGUCACAGACAGACCCUACGCGUUUUCUGGUGCUGCUGCUGCUUCCUGGAUGGUUUUCAGCUUCCUAUAAAGCAGCCUGCAGAGCGGAGGACCAGUAAGAGUUCUGAUGGGAACACACGCAGACAUGAGGCCUUUGUCCCAGGUUGUUUCUGAUGAUAACUUACAACAACAUAAAAUGCAUCAACAUGGGAACGAGGAUGUUGACCACGGGUGUGUGGACGAGCUGUCCUCCUGCAGGUUCAGCAGGGCUGAUGCCGGACCUGGAGAGAGGGUUUUGGCGGCUGAAGUUGAGCCCCAGGUCGGGACAGGAGUCAAAGUUGAGUCUGGGACCGGAGUUCCUGUCGGGGAUGGAGUCGGAGAUGCUGCUCAGACUCGAGUCAGGGCUGUGACCUGGAUCGAGGAUGUGAUCGGGGUGGAGGCCGGGGCUGCAGAUGGAGCUGCAGUCGGGACGGGGUCCAGGAACGGCAGCGAGGCCCGGGCAGCAGACAGGGACAGUUUUGGAGCCACGGACGGGGUCCACCUUCAGAUCAGAGGUGAAGACGCAGUUAAAGCCGGAGACAGAUCCAGGACCGGGACAGAUCGGGCCGGGGUCCCACCUGGUGCCCGCCCUUGGAGCGCCCACCCUAGGUCCAAAGAGCGGCGGUACCGCAGCAGCCACAGACUGGUCCUGCACUACCUCGUCCCCUGCAUGAACUCCUAUGGCAUGUGCAUCAUUGACAACUUCCUCGGGAGCAAGACCGGCGAACGGAUCCUGCACGAGGUCCAGGAGCUGCACCACGCCGGGAGGAUGCGGGACGGGGAGCUGGCCAGCAGGGGGCCGGACAACACCAGGAGCAUCCGCGGGGACCAGAUCGUCUGGGUGGAGGGAAAGGAGUCCGGCUGCGAGAACAUCGGCUACCUGCUGUCGAGGAUGGACCGACUGAUCACCUACGCAGACGGGAAGCUGGGGAAGCACAAGAUCCGAGGGAGACACAGUAAGGCCAUGGUGGCGUGUUACCCAGGAAACGGAGCAGGUUACGUCAAACAUGUGGACAACCCGAACGGCGACGGACGCUGCAUCACCUGUAUCUACUACCUCAACAAGAACUGGAAUGCCAAGGAGCACGGCGGCGUCCUCAGGAUCUUUCCGGAGGGGAAAUCCUAUGUGGCCGACAUCAAACCGCUUUUUGACCGGCUGCUCUUCUUCUGGUCCGACCGCAGGAACCCACAUGAGGUGCAGCCCUCCUACUCUACCAGGUACGCCAUCACAGUUUGGUAUUUUGAUGCUGAGGAGAGAGCCGAGGCCAAGAGACGCUUCAGAGACUUGACAGCAUCCACUGGGCAGCAGGGCAGCAGCUCGAGCUGAUUGUGAGGAAACGUCGCCAUCUGGUGUUUGUCUUCCUGAACUGCAGGAGAGGACGGCAGGUUCCUGGUUCCAGGUUCUCAAUCUUUUUGGAAAAGCUGAAAGAAAAGGGGAAGGAAAAAAGUAGUUUCACUCUGUCCUGGACUCUGGAGGAGUCGAGAGGGUUUUCAAGUCUUCAACUGAUAAAUCUGUAUUCCCUCAUCGCUCCAGCCGGCGUCCAGGCUGGAGAGAAGGACCUGCCUGCACUGCUCUGACCGCUGCUGAGACCUGAUUAAUGAUGAGUUCAAGUGACCAGCAGCUGCUCAGGACUUUUCCUGCUUUACACAAUGUUUGUGCAAUACUCUCUUUGCUGAUUUCUACUGCAGAGGUGGAGGAAAACAGCGGACUGCACCUUAAGAAGCUUUGCCUUCAGCUUGCUUCAGACAAAGAGGAGGCAAAUAUUCAUCAAGGUUUACGGACAGAAAUAAAUCAGAGACGUGAUGCUUUUAAAUCUAUGUGAGAGAACUAUUUCACACUGUAAAAUGUUCUUUAUAAAUCUCGAGAAUAAGAUGAAGACGUGUUUAGUCUUGCCGAAACAUUAGAGAACUGUGUACUUACUGUAACAAAGUGGGCUGGACUCAUAACAAUGGAAAGUAAAAUUUGAUAAAAGUGAAAAAUGUGUUAAAUCGUCCAUUUCAGAACCUUAUAUUCCCAUAUUUUUGGGUGUAAAUGAUUGACUUUUACUUCAGUAAAGUAUCUGAUUACUUCUUCCACCACUGAAAGUCACACAGUAACACAGACACACUAACAGAUGGAGGCAGUGGUAUUCCAGCAGCUCCUGGUUAAAUCUCUGUUUUUGUCAGUGGAGUCUGGUAGAGAUAUAAAGAGAUGUUUCUGGUUAAACUAAAAGGAUCUUCCUCUUUAAUAAAAAGCUCUGUCUCUGUAGGAAUCCUAUCAUCAUGCUGUCAGACUCUUACAAUAACAAUCUGAGUCUGUCAGUGGUAAAAACAAGAACUUUAGUGGACGGACUUUGACGUGGACGAUUGUCCAUUGGGUUACGUUACAGCAGCUGUUCAUAGUGGUGUCCCUGUCAGUCAUUUACACCCAGAAACAUGGGAACAUUAGGUCCAGGUUCAAAAACACCAGAAUUAUUCUUGAAUACAUUUGUGGUAAAUGCUAACAAAGACCAGUGGUGAUUAAACGAUAACACAGAGAGAUGGAGUUAGACGACAACCAUCAAAAUUUCAUGAAUCAGUCGCACAUCAUUCUGGGUAUCAAACCUUCAGACGAAAUGUUGUAGUUGUAAGUGAAAGGAACCACGUCAGUACUAAAUACUAAUCGGAGGUGGAAUGUAACUAGGGGAAUUUUGGAAAUAUUCCUAGUUGGACACUUUCCAUGGAAAUUGGUGGGAACUGAGGAAUUUAUGGGCAUCAACUUGAAGUUUGGGGUAAUUCAUACAAUGGAGCUAGCUAGCACCAUGAUAGCUAGCAUCUUAAACUGUCAAUUAAAUGGUGCCAGCUAGCUUACAUUUAGCAUCUCUGAUUUAGCAGCUAGCUAGCUACUGUAUAAACAGAUGAUGUUUUGUUGCUGGUUAAACUUUUAUAGCACAGAUUAAAUAUAUUUUUCCCAGUAAUCUGAUCCAGACUGAUUGGAUGUCGUCUGUGGGCUCAGAUGCAGUAGUGUGGCUGUAAUGAGCAGGAUUCUAGAAAUGAUCUGUGCAGUGAUGCAGUAGUGACCAGUUCAAUUCAAUCUGGUUGUUUUAACCAACAUUAUGCUGCAAAAGCUUUUACUUCAACUACAUUUAAGUUCCCUGUUAUAGGCUAACCUGGAGCUCUGCAAAUCUCCAGUUUGUUCCUGUUAAUUCCUGUGGAAAGUUUCCAACUUUUCAACUCUAAAUGUAACUGAUUACAUUUACUCCAGUACUAUACUUUAUCUUGUACUUUACUUGAGUAUUUUCUUUUCGUGAUACUUUGUGCUUCUACUCCCCUACAUGUAUCUGACAACUGUUACUUUACAAAUCACUGUGUUUACUUCCAAAUCAAUCACAUUUAAAAUUAAUCAGCAACUGUUCUGACAAUCAAUUGAUUCACUUUUAAUGGUUCAAGCUUCUGAAAUAUUUGGCACUAACCAAAAGUUACUUUCUAGGAUUUAUGCAAGUGAUUAAUUUAACUGUUGCGUCUGAUUAGUACCCAAUUAAAUUUCUCUUUCUCUUUUCUCUUUUUUAAACUAUUGUUUCUAAAAGUAAAACAUACAUUUUCAUGCUUAGUUCAAAGACAGUUAAGAAGUUACAGUCCUGUAAAAUGAAUUGCAGAUGAUACUCAGCCCUACUCAUCACAAUGUGAUUCUAAUGAAAAAUCAGUAAACAUGGUAGUGAAUUACUGCCACCUACUCUUAUAUUGUGACAUCACUUUCUAUUAGGUUUUUGGGAAAUCAGUCACCCUACACCCUGCUAUGUUUGGCUGCCAGGGGCUGCUCGCUCUAACUUCGGACGAAGAGGACUCAAAUCUGAGAUCAGUUACAGCUGGCAGCUCUGCCACUUCACAAACUCCUGUGAUGGUCACUGCAGCCUCAGUUAGUUUCUAAUACAACAUGUUAGCAUUGCUGCACAGUUUGUUUGGUGAAACGUUUUGUCUCAGACUGGAUUGUCAUGAGUCUCUACUGAAAGCUCUGUUAACUAAACAAUAUUUACAGACGUGUUGAAUACAACUUCUUUUGAAAAGGAA